AUGAGUGCUAACGGCAGCACAAUGCGCCAGCUUCUCUGGCAGGACCCAGUGUGCAGUGGCUGGAAGCAGGAUCUGGAAGGGGCUGUCUACCAUCUGGCCAACUGCUUCUUGCUCCUGGGCUUCAUGGGGGGCAGUGGGGUGUAUGGAUGCUUCUACCUCUUUGGCUUCCUGGGCACAGGCUAUGUGUGCUGCGUGAUGUGGGGCUGGUUUGAUGCCUGCGGCCUGGACAUCAUCCUCUGGAGCUUCCUGCUGGCAACGGCCUGCCUGUUCCAGCUGGCACACCUGGUCUACCGUCUGCGUAAAAACACCCUCCCCGAGGAGUUCGAUCUCCUGUACAAGACGCUGUGCCUACCCUUGCAGGUGCCUCUGCAGGUGUACAAGGAGAUUGUUCACUGCUGUGAGGAGCAGGUCUUCACUCUGGCCACUGAGCAGACUUACGCUGUGGAGGGUGAGACACCCAUCAACCGCUUGUCCCUGCUACUCUCUGGCCGGGUUCGUGUGAGCCAGGAUGGGCAAUUUCUGCACUACAUCUUUCCUUACCAGUUCAUGGACUCUCCUGAGUGGGAAUCGCUGCAGCCCUCCGAGGAGGGGGUGUUCCAGGUCACUCUGACUGCUGAGACUGCAUGUAGCUACAUCUCCUGGCCCCGGAAAAGUCUCCACCUUCUUUUGACCAAAGAGCGAUACAUUUCCCGCCUCUUCUCAGCCCUGCUGGGCUAUGACAUCUCUGAGAAGCUCUACGCUCUCAACGAUAAGCUCUUUGCCAAGUUUGGGCUGCGUUUCGACAUCCGUCUCCCCAGCCUGUACCAUGUCCUGGGUCCUGCUGCUCCAGAUACAGGGCCAGAGUCUGAGAAGGAUGAUGAGGAAGUCCGUGAGUCAGCCAUGCCCACAUCUGCCCAGCAAACACCCCCUCGCUCUCCUCUUCCAGCUGCCAGUGGCCCUCCAGCACCUCCCUCCCGGGCCAGGAUGUCCAGGCCGGACAGCGGCGUCCUGGCUUCUAGAACUCCUCUCCACAGCUACUCUCAAGUUAUGUCCAGGGGACAGGCCCCCUUGGCUCCAACCCACACUCCUGAACUUUAA